UUUCUUGUCAAACAUGAUAAACAGAAUUAUACACACAAAUUAUUUUAUUCUACAUGCAUUAAAAAUUUUAAAAGUCAGAUGAAUUAAUUAACCAAGCCAAUCAAAUCAAGAUGCCGGCAACAUUUGGUUUGCUAUUUAAGCAUAAUACAUUGAUUGAAUUGUCGUUAUGGAGGCGCACAUUAUUUGAAACAAUUACAGUAUUAAUAAUGCUGCUUAUAAUACUAGUUAAUCCAAUUUCAUAUUCAAAAAGAUUGCUAUAUAGUCGCCAUUAUUUCGAGGGAGAUCACUCCUUUGUAUCUCAUAAGCUGGACGAUAUCAAUAUACUCACGAGCCUGGUCGAUUCAAGACGCGAGCAGACUAAAUACACUUUGGCCUAUUGUCCACAGUCGGUUUUUGCAAAACAAGUUGCCCGUGCCGUUGCCGAUCGAUUGGAAUUGAAUGGUACAGUCGGGUUUGAAGAUCCCAAAACAUUACAACAUCAAUUUGAUGAGCGUACAACACUGGCUGCGAUAAUUUUUGAAGAUACUGAUGCCAGUUUGGAGACCGUACCAAAGUCGCUCUCAGUGUCAAUACGAUUCCCCAGUGAAUUUCGCACUCUUAAUCCGUUUCUUACCGAAGAUCGUCUUUGGCUGACACGUUGUUCGGGUUUUGUCAAUGCUAAGCGUGAUAAUGUAAAAGAUUCUGAUAUUAAUCAGGAUAUUUACAUACGUGAAACCUUUCUUCAGAUACAGCAUCAGGUAUUUACUGAAUGGUUGCACAAGCUUCGCUCAACUUAUCCGACAACUUAUACGGAGCCGGUAGUAGAGGUUUUCAAUGUACGUCUUAAAGUUCCCGAUGAUCGUUGUUCCAGCAUUGAUGUGUAUACAGUUCCAUUAUUUUUAUUCAAUUUCCUAUAUCUGUUGCCUUUCAUUAACAUAAUACGGAAUAUUGCUGGACAGCUGAGAGAUGGGGUCAUGACACAUCAAUGGCAAUACGGUUAUUCCUUUACCAAGCAAUAUUUGUGCAUAAUUCUCGUCUUAUUAAUACGUCUAUUAAUACUAAACUUUGUCAUACUGAUUGUGAUAUUUGUAAUGUGGUCAGUGGAGAAUGACAACACCUCGGGAAUUGUAUUGCUUGCAAUGGUAACGUUCAUUGUUAUCUUUACCCUCGAGCUGAUCAUAACGGCAAUUGUUUUGGCCAAGAUCUUUGGGAAUGCCACAAAUGCGGUUCUAUGCGCCAUCAUCAUAUGGAUAUUCAAUUAUGCUGUCUUUGGUGUGAUCUUGAGACGGUAUUGGGAUGAGCAUGGAUACUAUGUGUUUGUGAUAUUAUCAUCAUUCUUUAACAAUCAAAUACCAUAUAGCAUGCAAAUGUUUAAUCGACUUAUUGAGGAGCCCAAGGAUAUAGUUGUAUAUGAUAUAGCGGCGCUCUAUGUCUCAGCCGUUAGCAGUGCCUUGAUAUUCUUUAUAAUUCUAAUCCUUUUACAAUGGCGCAUGCCAGGUCGGCUUAUUAGUCGUCGGAUUAUUUAUAGAAGACGUCGAAGGAAAUUUUUAAUGGAUUCAAAUUUAUUACAUCUGGGACGAUCGCCCAGUUGGCAUAACUUUGAGUUUGGCGAUGUGGGAAGUUGCGAAUGGAUACGCUUAAAACAUGUCUAUACGUCGCACUCCUUAUCAGAGCGUAAGAUAUUGAAAAACAUCUCGAUGAGGAUCUACAAGGGAGAGGUGUUUGUUCUCCUUGGUCACAUUGGAUCUGGUAAGCUGACCCUAUUGCGUGUGUUGUGUGGCCUUAAGUAUCCGGUACGUGGCAAGGUGUUCUAUGAAGGGAAAGAUAUAUACGAAGAUCUGCCGAAUAUUCGAAAACAAUUUGACUUUCGUAGCAUUGAGAAUGGAUUUGCAGAUCAUCUGUCGAUCGAGCAAACCAUUAACUAUCAUGUUCGUCUCAAACUUAGCAAGGAGAAUCUGGAUCGAUAUGAAAUAGAGCGCACGAAAUGGAUCGAUAUACUGGAGACAUAUGUCGAGAGUCGUAGUACACGAGUAUGGCAACUGACAAACGGAGAGCGACGAUUGGUCGCCCUUUGUUGUGCUCUCGCUGGUGAUACGAAGGUCGUUGUCUUUGAGGAGCCCACACUGCAGUUGACGGCCCGGGAGGCUCAAAUCUUUUGGAGUAUCAUUGCAAUGGAGAAGGAGGGUCGAGCCAUUAUUAUAUCCACCUAUAGCAUCGAUGAGGCCGAAGCUGUUGCCGAUCGCAUUGGCAUUCUUAGCAUGGGUGUCCUUGAAGCCAGUGGAACGCCAUUUUUUCUGCGCGCCAAAUUCAGCAGUUGUGUUGAGCUAGUGCUUAUCAAAAAACCCCACAUUCCGGAUACACCGAUCACUGAAUUCAUUUCACAGUAUAUACCGAAUGUCGAGCCUGAAAAUGAAAUCGGCGAUACGUUGACCUACAAAAUCAAUUCGGAGCAUCGACCACGCUUGCAAAAAAUGCUUAUACAUCUGGAGAACGAGCGUAAAGCGAUGGGCAUUGAGAAUAUCAGAGUUGUGGGUUCUGAAUUGUCCGAUAUCUAUAUGAAGCUUGUCACAUCGUUUCGAUUACGACAACAGGUCAUACCGGAUGUCACGCAAACUUUCAAAUAUGCCGUGGUAUCGAAAAAACAACUGCGUCGUCAGCAAAUGCGCGCCAUGUUCUACAAAAAGAUGAUACACUCGGCGCCCAACGUAUGGCCCAUCAUAAUGAUCUUCGCCUGCCUUAUUUUGAUUGUGCUUGUUACGCGACUGGCCUUAGUACUGAAUGUGCCCACAAUUCGUACAAACGUCAUACCGCUGGGCUUUAAGGGUGCAACGAAAUAUCUGAAGAAUAUACCAAAUAUUAAGGAUUGCGGCUAUAUUGACAUCACAUCAUUGGCCAAAAAGCCGGCCUAUCGAAAGUCCACUAAGGUAGCGCGGGUCUUUGGUCCGCAUUCAUUUGCCUGCAACAAGGGUAGAUAUAGGGAUUAUCUGAAGCGUAAAACGGAACUGCAAAGUCUGGGCGCUAUUGAGAUGAGUAGCGAACAGGGGAUACACGGAUAUAUAAGUCAGGAUACAUUUCAUUCAGCUCCAAUUACACUCAAUUUACUACACAACAUUAUACUUAGAUUAUCAUAUCCGGAUGAUGAUGAGGUGUAUUUUCUGGUCGAUAAUCAUCCGAUGCCGACGCCUCUUCAAAUGAAGAUCAAUCUAAUGGACAAUGAGGUAGCCCAUAUAAAUGCUCCAUUGGCGAUCGGAUGCGUUUUACCUUUGGCGGUGUCUGUGUUCAUUUUACCCUUGGUGGAGGAGCAAAUUACACAGAUGCGUAUACUUCAGGUAAUUGCUGGGCUUGGAUUGGAGGUCUAUUGGGGUAUCACAUUGUUUUGGGAUCUCUUUACGUAUUUUAUCUAUUCGGUGAUCAUUGUGAUAUUUUUGGCCUGUACGACUAUUGGAUAUUUUGGUGCCUAUGAGAAUCUAUUGCUGUUGCUACUGAUCACAGUUUAUGGUAUAGCCGCAUUACCGAUCACAUAUGUGCUGUCCAUGUAUGUUAACAAGUCCAUUGUGAGAGCCUUUCUUGCCUCUGUCGUCUUUCAGGGCCUUACCGGUCUGGUGCUCUACAUCGUCUACUGGGAUGUUGCUAACAGUAACAUUAUAUUUUAUUAUGGUGCUUGCAUGUCACCUGGUUUCGCCCUUCUCGACGGCAUUAGCAAUAUCUAUAUAAAACGUCUCGAGGAACAUUUUUGUUUGUCCAAAUGUGAAACAAUUGAGUUCUGUACACCCGAAAAUAUGCAUGAAAUGGUCCCACAUUGUCAUUUUGGUACCUACUUCAAAUGGACCGAUCCUGGCAUAUUGCCAUCUAUAACAUUUAUGUUGUUAGACGCACUCUUUACGCUUCUUCUUAUUUUCUGGAUUGAAUUGCAUCGGAAGGAAAAUAAGUUUCAUUCGUCCAAAGACCUCCAUAAGAUGCGGACGGCGACUUAUCAGUUUGAUGACAGUGAUGUGGCGGAUGUUAAGCAGAAAAUCGCCGAUGCGGACAUGAGUAAAUGCAAGCAAUCUGUAUUUUUGGUAGAUCAAGUUGAGGGCAAGAUACCCAACAAGGGUAACACGGUCAACACAGUGUCAUUUGCGCUGAAUAAAUAUAUGAGCAUGGGCAUCUUUGGGCCAAGGAAUUCAGGGAAAAGUCACCUAAUGAGGCAACUUGUGGGCGUCGAUGGAUUCGCUUUUGGUGAGAUCUAUGUGAGAGGAUUGGAUUUCAAGUAUGAUCUGGACACGAUUCUCGGUUAUGUCGGCUACUGUCCACAGCAUUACGGACUUCUCAAUGAUUUAACGCCACGGGAACACAUUCGACUUCUCUGCAUGAUUCGCGGCGUCACUGAAAAUAAAAUUAGCGAGAAAAUGCACGAUCUUUGCCUCAUGCUGAACAUGUCGGGAUGGAUGCAUCGAAAAUGUUGUUAUCUUACACCCGAGAAACGUCGCAAAUUGAAUGUUGCCCUCUCGCUGGUAGCCUAUAAUAAGAUCUUUGUCUUGGAUGAGCCCACAUGUGGCAUGCCGUCGACGACGCGUCGAGAGAUUUGGAAUAUCUUGAGAUAUUUGCGAUAUUGUGGCAAAACGAUCAUUUUCUCUACCAGUGAUGAGGUUGAGUGUAAGGUACUGGCUGAUUUUAUAAUACUCUUUCAGGAUAGUGAAAUGUUAGCUAUUGGUAGCAUGCAGUAUUUGCGUUAUAAGUACAGUCACGGCUUCUAUUUGGAGGUGCGAUUAGUACGCGAUGGCGCCACGUUAGAAGAAUCGGAAGCCAACCUUCGCAAGGAUGUUGACAAUUUGGCACGCUUUAUUAAUUUUCUGCAUGAUAAAUCAGAAUUGGUGGGACGCUUGCAUAAUUGGUUCAAGUAUUAUAUACCCGUGGGUCACAUUGUCUACUCGUUUCUGUAUGGCGCCAUGGAGAAGAAUAAAGUGCGUCUUAAUGUCUACGACUAUUGCAUCUAUCAGGCGAGCAUGAAUGUUGUAAUUGCCCAAGUGCAGGAAACACGCGCUGAACUAAAGCGUCGGUUGGUGGAACCAACGCUACAACCAGCAGAGCCAUCAACGAGUUACAAAUAAAUAUUGUAAAUAAUCAUUAUUUGUAUGAUAUUUUGUAAAAAUACACUGACAGUGUGACAAUGGCAAGAAGCGUUCACAGCAAAGGUAUUCAUAAUGUCUUGUCACAGCGCUGUGAAGACUUUUGACAUGUGAACACUUCUGUCACAAAUUGUCACAGAUCAGCAUUCGUGAUUAAAA